AUGAACCCUUCGAAUGCUACAAGUGGUACACCGAGGCCGUAUCGCCGUCAAGCCCCGCUGUCCGGCGCAUACGCUAUCGCGGUGACGAGUUCCGCCAUUCCCAUGGGAGACCAGCUUCUAAAAGGAAGCUUGGGAUGUCAUGGUCGGACGCUGAGGUGCUUGUACACAUCUGUGGUGGCUUGCAUCAAGAGUGGCAAUCUAAUGCUUGAGAGCCACAGUCGAGAAGCGGCUCGGUCAUUCCAUGAUGGCAUUAGAUUCGGUCCACUCAACGUUUCUUUCGAUGGUGCCAAGAUGAUCGUCACUGCAUUCCUGCACUCCGCACGCCCUAUCUUGGCAAGAGCAUUACCACCUACGCGUUUGAGAAAAGAGCGACAAUACGCCAAGCGUAUCGAUGGACAGACUCCGGCGGUGCAAUGCUAA